CAGCCCCAUUCAACCAUGAGGGAAGUUGUGCUAGCUCUGUGCCUGGCCCUUGUGGCUGGACAGCAUUCUAGUUUUGCUCCUGAUUUUUCUACUGGCAAAACUUAUGUAUACAAGUAUGAGGUGUCCAUCAUGAACAGUCUGCCUGAUGAGGGUUUGGCAAGAGCAGGACUUAAUCUUAGCUGCAAAUUUCUCAUCAGUGCUCUUGACCAAGACACAUACACAUUGAAGCUUGUGGAUCCCAAGAUGAGCGAAUUCAAUGGCAUUUGGCCCAAGGAUCGUACAGAACCAGUUGAGAAUAUUCCUGAAGCUCUUGAACCAGAGUUCCAGAUUCCUAUCAAGUUUGAAUACAAGAAUGGUGCUGUAGGAAAGGUGUAUGCCCCAGAACAAUUCUCAGAUUUACUGCUGAACUUCUACAGAGGCUUCCUGAGCAUCCUCCAGCUUAACAUCAAGAAAACACACAACGUCUACGAUCUGCAUGAGGCUGGAAUUGAAGGUGUGUGCAGGAGCCUCUACUCUGUCAACGAAGAUUUAAGGGCUGAAAGAAUCUUCUUGACCAAAACCAGGGACAUGAACCACUGUCAGGAAAGGAUCUAUAGAGACAUGGGGAUGGCAUACACUGAGAAAUGUGAUGAGUGCCAGAAGAAAUCUAAGACUCUGAUAGGUUCAGCAUCCUACACCUAUGUGUUGAAGCAAGUUCCCAGCGGCAUCAUGAUCCUGGAGGCAGAUGUAAAUGAGCUAAUCCAGUUUUCACCUUUGUCUGAACGUCACGGAGCUGCUCAAACAGAGACCAAGCAAACCUUAGUCUUCCUUGAGAUUCAGAAUUCCCCCAUUAAACCCAUCUCUGCUGAGUAUCAUCAUCGUGGAUCUCUCAAGUAUGAGUUCUCAAAUGAGUUUGAGUGGACACCGCUUCAGCUUGUCAAUAUAAAAGAUUUACAGGGCCAGACCGCAGAGAUUCUGAAUCAUCUAGUUACCCAGAAUGCCGAGAAGCUCAAUGAUCAAGCUCCUCUGAAGUAUUUGGAAUUGACUCAUCUUUUGCGUCUUGCUCUCUAUGAAGAUCUGGAAGUGCUCUGGAACAAGUACAAAAAUUUGCCAUCUCACAGACUCUGGCUCUUGGAAGCUGUUUCAGCUUCUGGAACCUCUGCAGCUCUCAGAUUCAUCAAGGAGAAAUUUGUAGCUGAAGACUUGAGUGUUGUUGAGGCAGUCAGAACCUUGGCUGCAGCUGUACACAUGGUUACAGCAAGGUCUGAAUCAAUCAACCUGUUUGAGACCCUGAUGGAAGACAACAAAAUCAAUGCCAACCCAGUUCUGCGCGAGAUUGUCUUCCUCGGCUACGGCACAUUGAUUUCCAAAUAUUGCGCAGAGUCAGACGUCUGUCCUAUCGAGUAUAUAAAAAAGCAUCUCUCAGAGGCAGUUUCUAAGGGAGAAACAGAAGACAUCAUCUUGUAUGUGAAGGUUUUGGGAAAUGCAGGACACCCUAGUAGCCUCAAGUCAAUCACAAAAAUUAUGCCUAUUCACGGCACUGCUGCUGCAUCUCUGCCAAUUAGAGUCCAUAUUGAAGCCAUCAUGGCUCUGAGGAACAUUGCAAAAAAAGAACCAAGAAUGGUCCAGGAACUGGCUCUUCAGCUCUACAUGGAUAAGGCUCUUGACCCAGAACUUCGUAUGCUCUCAUGCAUUGUCCUGUUUGAGACCAAUCCUUCAAUGGCCCUGGUUUCCACCCUCGCCAAUGCUGUUAAGUCAGAAGAGAAUUUGCAGGUUGCCAGCUUCACAUACUCUCACAUGAAGUCCCUGAGCAGGAGCGCUUCAAUAAUUCAUCCAUCAGUGGCUGCAGCAUGCAAUGUUGCCAUGAAGAUCUUGAGUCCAAAGCUGGACAGACUGAGCUUACGUUAUAGCAAAGCUGUCUAUGGGGAAGCAUAUAGCAGCUCUUUUAUGCUUGGUUCUGCUGCUACCGCUUUCUACAUCAACGAUGCUGCUACCUUCCUGCCAAGGUCUCUUGUUGCCAAAACAAAAGCCUUCUUUGCUGGAGCUGCUGUUGAUGUUCUGGAGAUUGGAGUGAGAACUGAUGGACUGCAAGAGACCCUUCUGAAAAACCCUUCAAGUCUUAACAGUGCUGACAGGAUCACUAAGAUGAAACGUGUCAUCAAGGCUCUGUCACAUUGGAAGUCUUUGCCCAACAAUAAACCUUUAGUUUCCUGCUAUGUCAAGCUGUUCGGACAAGAGAUCGCCUUUGCCAACAUUGACAAACCCAUGAUUGAAUGGGCUAUUGCGCUUGCCAGUGGACCAUCUCUUCAGAAAUAUGGCAUAAAAGCUCUGAAAACUCUACUACUCUCUGGUGUCAGUUUCAACUAUACAAUGCCUGUGAUGAUUACUGAGAUACGACGCAUAUUACCUACUACUUCUGGUAUUUCAUUGGAGCUGAGUUUUUAUUCUGCAGCUGUGGCUGCAGCUGCUGUCAAAGUCAAACCAACACUCACACCACGUCUGCCUGAAGACUUUCCUCUCUCCCGCCUUCUGGAAACUGACAUUGAGCUUGAGACUGAGAUCCGACCCAGUUUCGCUAUGGACACCUAUGCAAUAAUGGGAACAAACAGUCCUCUUUACCAUGCAUUUAUUAUGUCAAGGGCUAAAAUUAACUCAACACUGCCCUCCAAAAUCUCUGCAAAACUUCACAUUAAAGAGGGUGACUUUAAGAUAGAAGCACUUCCCGAUUCUGCUCCUGAAAACAUCACAGCUGGGAGUGUUGAGACCUUUGCAGUAAUAAGAAAUGUACUGGAUCCCACAGCUGAAAGAAUCACUCCAAUCUUACCUUACAAGGUUAUGCGAUCCAGCACAAGCCAGAAUUUUUCAAACAAGGAAUCUUCUGGUGAAAUAUCAUUAGAAAAUUUUCAAGAAGAUGUCAAACAAAAGGUUCCACUCUUAGCCAAGAGAUACUGUACCAAGUACCGUGCCAUUGGACUCAAAGCCUGCUUCAAAGUUGCCACUGAAAAUGCUGCUUUUAUCCACGAUACUGCCCUAUACAGAAUGAUUGGAAGUCAAAAUGCUUCCUUCUCUAUAACACCAAUUGAAGGUGAAGCAGUGGAGAGACUGGAGAUGGAGGUUAAAGUUGGAGCUAAGGCUGCAGAGAAGAUCAUUAAGCAAAUUAACUUGAAUGAUGGGGCAGCAACAGUGCUGUCCAAGCUCAACAAAAUCCUGGCUUUAAAUAAAAACCACACUUCAUCCUCCUCCUCAAGCUCCAGCAGGAGUUCUUCCUCAAAGCAUUCCUCCAAAUCCUCGUCCUCAUCCUCUAUCUCGUCCUCACAUCAUAGUAGCAGCAGCAGUCACACCAGCAGCAGCAGCAGAUUGACAUCCACAAUGUCCUUCAGCAAUUCAGCGAGAUCAAGCUCAGCGUCAAGCCUUGCUUCACUGCUCAGUGCUGAAUCAAGUUCUUCUCGCGACAGUGCUCGUCGUUCAAUGCAAAAGGCCUAUUCUCACAGGUUUAGGAAGAGCCACAAGAACCAGACUUUGUCAUCAGAAGAGCGUUCUAGAAGCAGAAGCAGUGACUCCAGUUUUGAGUUCAUUCACACAAUGAACAAAUUCCUUGACGAAAGGGAUGCUGCUGUUGUUGUCAGUGUGCGUGCUGUUAGAGCUAAUCAGAAAGACCUGGGAUACCAGGUUGUUGUUUAUGUUGACAAACCAAACGCCAGACUUCAGAUCAUCCUUUCACCUCUGUCUGAAAGCAACUGGAAGCUGUGUGCUGAUGGAGUUUGGCUGAGCAAACACAAAAUCACGGCUAAGCUUGCUUGGGGAGCUGAAUGCAAGGAGUACAGCACCAUGAUCACUGGUGAAACUGGUCUGGUCAGUUCAAGUCCUGCCACUCGCCUCAGAUUGUCCUGGGAAAAACUACCCUCUUACGUUAAGCUCUACGGAGAAAAGGUUUAUGACUACAUGCCCAAUAAAAUGCUGGCCGACUUGAUAAAAGCAAAGAGAGCAAACAGCACCAGGCAGCUCUCUUUCACUGUUGUUGCAAAAUCUGAAAAGACCGUUGAGCUUAUCGCAAAAACACCACAGCACACUUCUUAUAACAUGACUUUACAUCUUCCCAUCACCCUUCCACUUCAAGAGCUCAAAACCCUUACCCCCUUUGAGGAGGUUAUUGAUAAAGUCCACUAUGUCUUUGUCAAGGUUGUUGCAGCUGAAUGCAGUUUCUACAACAAUACACUCAGAACAUUUAACAACAGGAGAUACAUGAACAAGAUGCCAGAGUCUUGCUACCAGGUUCUCACACAAGACUGUACUGAGGAGCUGAAAUUCAUGGUCCUACAAAUGAAAGACUCCACCCGACAGAACCGCUUUAACGUCAAGAUUGCUGACAUAGACAUUGAUCUAUACCCCAAGGAGAGUGAGGUGUAUGUUAAGGUCAAUGGAAUGGUAAUACCUCUCACCAGCCUGCCAUACCAGCAUCCAACAGCUUCCAUUGAGAUUAGAGAAAGUGAGGAGGGAGUUUCUGUGUACGCAGCCGGCCACGGACUUCAUGAAGUCUAUGUGAACAAGACCUCUUGGAGGAUUAAAAUCGCUGACUGGAUGAAAGGCAAGACCUGUGGGCUCUGUGGAAAGGCUGAUGGGGAAGUCAGACAGGAUUAUCGUUCACCCAAUGGACGCUUAGCCAAGAACUCUGUCAGCUUCGCUCUUUCCUGGAUUUUACCAGCAGAAAGCUGCAAAGACAACACUGAGUGCCGCAUGAAGUAUGAAUCCAUCCAACUGGAGAAGAAUGUUAAUGUCCAUGGUCAGGACUCCACAUGCUUCUCUGUUGAACCAGUACUGCGCUGUCUGCCUGGCUGCUCCCCAGUUAAAACCACCGCUGUCAAUGUUGGCUUCAAGUGCUUUGCUGCUGAUUCCACUUGGGAUCCCAGUAACAUCUUUGACAGCAGUGUUGACCUGAGGGACUCUACAGAGGCUCACCUUGCCUGCAGCUGCACUGCUCAAUGUUCCUAAUAAAGGAGUGUUUCAUUCAGGGACUAUAUGCAUUUACUACAGUUUUAGGCAGAAAUAAACAUUUGUCAAAACAAA